GCUGCGGUCCGGGCCGGGGCGGGCGCGGGGUCGGGGUCGGGUUCGGGGUCGGGGUGCGGGCGCCAUGGCGCUGAGCCCGGUGAUCGGGAAGCUGCUGCACAAGCGCGUGGUGCUGGCCAGCGCGUCCCCCCGCCGCCGGGAGAUCCUCAGCCAGGCGGGUCUCAGGUUUGAGGUGGUUCCUUCGAGGUUCAAAGAGACGCUGGAUAAAGCCUCCUUCCCCGCACCCUACGCCUACGCCAUGGAAACGGCCAAGCAGAAGGCCCUGGAGGUGGCCGCCAGGAUGUACCAGAAGGACCUCCGGGCCCCCGACGUGGUCAUCGGAGCGGACACCAUCGUGACGGUCGGGGGGCUGAUCCUGGAGAAGCCGGUGGACAAGCAAGACGCGUACAGGAUGCUGUCCAUGUUGAACGGCAAGGAGCACAGCGUGUUCACGGGCGUCGCCAUCAUCCACUGUUGCAGCAAAGGCGGCCAGCUGGACACGGACGUGUGUCAGUUCCACGAGGAGACCACGGUCAGGUUCUCCCGGCUGUCGGAGGAGCUGCUGUGGGAGUACAUCGACAGCGGCGAGCCCAUGGACAAGGCGGGGGGCUACGGGAUCCAGGCGUUGGGCGGCAUGCUGGUGGAGUACGUCCACGGAGACUUCCUCAACGUGGUCGGCUUCCCCCUGAACCACUUCUGCAAGAAGCUGGUGGAGCUCUACUACCCGCCCGGCCGCCACGACGUGCGGCGCGUCAAGCACGACUCCAUCCCGGCCGUCGACACCUUCGAGGACCUGAGCGACGUGGAGGGUGGCGGCUCGGACCCUGCGGGGGGCAUCGAAGGCGGCCCCGGAGGACAGGCUGCUGCGGGCACGCGGGGAGCCGAGGCCAACGGCGCGGUGGAGAGCCCGCCCCCGUUCCCAGCGGACCUUCUAGGACUCAUAGAUGGCUUUAAAGCGUCGAAGGCCCUGUUCACGGCUUGCAAGCUGAAGGUGUUCGACGUACUGAAAGACGAGGCCCCCCUGAAGGCCGCGGAGGUUGCGGGCAGAAUUGAUGCCUCAGUGUGUGGAACUGGACGGCUCCUGGAUGCCUGUGUGGCCCUGGGGUUACUGGAGAAGACAGACGGAGGUUACCGCAACACGGAGGUGGCAAGCCGGCACCUGGCGUCGGACGGCGAGUAUUCGCUCCACGGCUUGGUGACGCGCCACGACGACCACACCUGGGAGCUCUUCACGCGCCUGGAGGUGGCCGUGCGACAGGGACCAAACGCAGCUGCGGGCGGGAAGGUGGAGGACCCGGCUCAGAGCCAGCAGACGACGCUGCAGUUCAUGCGGGCCAUGCACGGCCUCAGCAAGCUGACGGCCCGCCGGGUGGCCACGGCCUUCGACCUGUCCCGGUUCACCUCGGCCUGUGACCUGGGAGGCUGCACGGGCGCGCUGGCCCACGAGCUGGCCCACGAGUACCCGCGCAUGAGGGUGACGGUGUUCGACCUCCCGGACGUCCUCGAGCACGUCGCGUGCUUCCAGCCCGGAGGGCGGCCCUCGGAGCAGAUCAGCUUCGUGCCAGGUGACUUUUUCAAGGACAGCCUCCCGGAGGCAGAGCUGUACGUGCUCUCCAGAAUCCUGCACGACUGGCCGGACGACCAGGUGCACGCGCUGCUGGGCCGGCUGUCAGGCCGCUGCAAGCCAGGCGGCGGCGUGUUGGUGGCCGAGGAGACCGUGGACGAGGACCCAGCGACGGGGCGGAGCAACCUGGCGGCGGCCCUGAGCCUGCUGGUGCGCCCCCGGGGGCGCGGCCGCAGCGGGGCGGAGUACCGGGACCUGCUGGAGCAGCACGGCUUCCGGGACGUGCAGGUGGCGGCCGCGGCGGGGGGCGCGCUGCACCUGCUGCUGGGCACCCGGGCCUCGCCGCCCUGAGCCCCAGCAGUGGGGCAGGCCGCAGCAGGCGCAGGGCGCUCGCCGGAGGUCCCGCUGCCGUGGCGGGAGCCACGCAGUCUGUGCAAAGGCCCGGUGGCACCCAGGCCCCCUGGGCGCCUCCUCCACGCCUCUUUUCCCCGCGCUUCUGCGUGUGUUUAAGCAGCUGCUGCCUCACGCAGGUGGCGGGUCAUGGGGUGGACAGGACUCCUUUCCACCCAGGUCCCCGAGCGACGCGUGUCACGCUCAACUCUUGUGUACGUGUGCCUUAAUUUAUCUUCUGAACAGGCAGGUGCCUUGCGCUCUUCUGUAUAUCGGGCAAUGACAGUGCAGAGCAGCUCGCAAGGUGUCUGUGAGCGGACGUUCUGGAAUUAUUAGGAAAACGGUCCAGUCGGUCACAUCCCUGGUGGCUGACGCGCCUCCCACGCGCGUGUGCACUGGUGCACGUGCGCGCUCUGUCUCAAAUAAAUAAAUCCUUAAAUAAAAAUAGUAAAAAUGA